UUCCUGCUCUGCAAAUUGAAGCAAUCUGCGUUCAGAAACUUUGGUGUUUUAAAUAGUCCAAGAUAUCAGAACCUCUUCAGUCACAACUGACAGCUUUGCAAGAGGACAUCUUUGAUCCUUCAAGCGAGGCUUCAGUGUCACUUGAUGUCCCCUUUUAAUUUUUGAGCGUUGCACUGUCGCUUUUGUUAUCCAAAUACAAUUACUGUUAUAAAUCAUAAUUGCAUUUUGUGUGCAGAUGAGUGAAACAGAUAAAGAUGCAAAUACAGCCUUAUGAUACAAAGGAUUUCUUACAUUACUUGUAUCAAAAUCAUAUGUUCUCUUUCAGCCUUGAAACUGAGACUUUCAGUUGACUAGUGUGAAAACAGUGACAUUUUCAGGCAGGCAGCACCACUAUUUUUAUUACCAUUUUGUAUAACAAAAUUUAAGCCAGAUAAUUGUGAACAGUUAAAUUUUGUUUAUAGCACAGGCUUCAUGGACAUUUCCAAAUUCUCUUUGAGUCUUAUUUUCUGAAUCUGAAGUUUUAUUAUGCGUGUUUAAAUACAGUGCAAUUGAAACCUUAUUGUAAAGCCUUAUUUGGGAUAAACCCAAAUGGAUGCUACGUCUUCAGUAGUUUCAUUAAGAUGGCUAAAAUGAUGUCUCUCCAUCUUGGUGUAUAUUCUUUGUGAAUAAUUACUUGUUUCUGAGCAGAAUUCAUUUACAGUUUUUCCUUUUUUUUUUAAUUAUUUGCAUAAAAAUGUGGAAACAAAACCAAGAAAGUACAACUUGUAAAUAUCUUUGAAAUUGGGCUAUUAGGAAUCAGCUUGUUCUUGGAAGCCUGUGCCUCUGCUCUUCUGCUCAGUUGCCUUAAAUUACUCCUGUUCAGCAAAGUUAAACUAUUUAGAAGCUGAAAUCCCUAGUUCAGAGUAUGGGAUAGGACUUUAUUAUAAACUGUCCAACUAGGUAAAGCCUUUGUGAAGGGGGAGGGAAAAAAAAAGUCUCACUUCUGUUAUUGCUAGACCUGAAAAUAAAGAUAUAAGACUGAAUGCUUAUUUGGUGCUUUACUGAUGUCGCAAACCAUCCGUCCCUUUUGCCACUUCCAGUUUGUGAGCAAAGCUGCAAAUUACACAUGCUGUCAGUUUAAAGCUGAAGUUGUGCAGCAUUUUGUUUGUUUUAGUCCUGAGUUCAUCUGUGCUUUCAAAUCAAAAUUUUAGUUUUGGUUGCUGCAGUUGCAAUGUGUCCUGCUCAUUUAACAAAUUAGUUUCCAAUGCUUGAGUUUACAAACUGAAAUUAAAAAAAAAAAAAAAAAAAAAGUUUUUAAUAAAAAUUCUAGUAGUAUUUGCAGCUUCAAGAUUGUGCUUUCUCAGUUUCCUUCAGUUUUUAACCAGAAGGCGUUCGUUCAUCAGUACAACAAAAUACUUGUCUGUUUUGAUCUUCUUUCAGCUCUGUAGAAAAUGGUUUUGGAUUUUUAUAAACCAGUUUUUGGUAUUCCCAGAGUUUUAGUAAUUUUUGCAAUGCUGCAGGAUGUAUCAUGUCAAGCAUCUUGUAGAUCCUUGGAAUUGUGAAAUAGGAAUUGUGACGUAGGCAUUCAUGCAAUAUUUCAUACCAUCACAUUUGACUUUACACUCUCAUAAUGAAGCAGUCAUCUUUGUGUCAAAUUUCCAUCACUUCUCCUUUGUUUUCCUGUAAUACUACAGUAUUUCUGUGGUAGAGAGGGUCAGAAGCACGUAACAGUAGUGUUACCAUUCUUAUAUCUUGCUUUGCUGGAACAUGUAUGUGAAGAGAUGGAGGUACUGGCAAACUUUGAAGGAACCUGUGCCUUCAUUAACUGAAACAACUGAAUAGACAGGCAGAUCUUUUUGUUAGUCGUCAUUAACACCAACUGAUGUACUUGUAGCUUAGGAGAAAGAGAAAAUAGCUUUCUUCACAAACUAGAUUAUUAUAAAGACUUUUUGUUUUUUCAAAUCUAGUGAACAGCAUAUAUAUAUAGACUACUAAAACUGGAAGUGAGCUGUUCCUUGAACAGCUGGAGCUUUAAAGCUUAUCAUACUCAUUUUGCAUCAAAAAACUUAUUUACUUCAACUGAAUUUAAUAAAUAGUUAUUUUGGGUAAGUAAGGACAGAAGAUAAAGCUAUGACUCUUUUCUGUUCUUGCACUUCAAACUUAUGCUGCUAGACUAGGAAGAUUCUCCAUCUCUUGUAGUUUUUUGAGUACAGUACUGGCCUCAAACCACCUUGAGUGUUCGUCUGUAGUUCUGGUGAAUGAGAAUUUCUCUUAGUACAUUUUAUAAUAUAUGCUUAGUCUUUCAAAGUAGGUAAGUCAGAGAGUAGCAGCUCCUCAUUUUUACAGGAGCUCGUACACAUUAGGAGUCUUCCGUAGAAGAGUCUACAGACUUCAGUCAUCUAUGGGAUUUACAAAGAAAUUGUAUAUAAUUUUUCAGUACUUACAAAGUCACACUUUUCAUAAUGCAAUCACUUGCAGUCUUUCUGUAUUUUCUGCCAGACAUUAAGAUACAUAAUAUGUAUAGGAAAAAAAAAAAAAGAUAAAAAGGAAGAAAAAAAUCUAGGAAGGUGAUGCAAGAGAUCUUUUACAUCACUUGAAAGCAGAUCAGUAGCACUUAACUUAGGUGAAUUUUUUUAUAAGAAAUUAUUUUAAAAGCAGUUACUUCUGAGUGAAACAAAUCUAUUGAUGUAUAUAAUCUGUUUAACUCUGAAAUUCCACUUUACUCCAAAAUAGUUGAGAAAUUAUACCUAUCAGUGCAAUUAGCGGCCAGUAAUAUCUAUUGAAAUUUCAAAGUAGCUUUAGCAAAAUCAUUGGAAACUAGGGUUUUAUCUUAGACCAGGUGAUCUUCAUUGCACUUUGAAAUGCAAGCUGUGCGUAAAGUCACAUUUGCUGAAAAAAAAUGAAACAGUUGAAGUGACUGUGAGAUGAAAAGUGUUCUUUAAGCAAUUCUCGUUUUGAUAUUAUAAGUAUGAUUCAAGAAGCUACAGCUGGGAGUAAGACGGUGACAGAAGUGACAUACCUAAUUUCAAACUUACUAAUAACUGCAAACAGGUCAGAUUUAGCUGGAAGCCACAUUCCUAACCCCAAGUUCACAAGAAAAGAGAGGGAAAAAAAAAAAACUUUCUGGAACUAGCUGUGUGCUGUUUAUAUUUCUGAAAAAUGCUUAAACAUAUCUUACUGCAAUAGAAGGCUAAGUCAUCAGUUGAUACAUUUCUACUGUAAGUUUGGAGGAAAACAUGUGAGAUAUGCUUCUGCAGGAAAAUGUUUCAGUUUUCUCAAAGUUUGUUCAGUGGUUUUGAGUUUUUGAGAGUCUUCUUUGCUCAAUUUGUUUUGGUAGUAUUCUGAAAAGACUCUGUUGGUAGGGCUUACAAGUUACAUUACAUAGCGAGGUUGUGAUAUUCUCUUGGACUAUUGCAAAAAGGCAAAUAAAACCACUCAAACUCUCAAAUACAGCCAUUUCUCAGAUCAUACCAUGUUGUAAGGCUGGAGAUGGAUGUAAAGCUACAAAAAGAAUCGUUUAUCAGGUUUAUGGUAGGCUGUGGUAGGUGUGAUGACUGGUUUCAUGGCGAUUGUGUUGGACUGAGUCUUUCUCAAGCACAGCAGAUGGGCGAAGAAGAUAAAGAAUACGUGUGUGUGAAGUGCUGUGCUGAAGAAGAUAAAAAGGCAGAGUGUUUGGAUCAAAGUGUCCUGGAUACUCAAGUGAAAAUGGACAGCCAUAAAGAAGAAAAAGCAAUUGAAUAUGAAAAACCAGGGACGUCAAAGCAAGGACCUACUUGUAAUCUGAACUUAGCAACUGAAAAAGGAAAGCAGACAGAGGACAUAGGGAAACAUAAAGUCAAAAUUUUCAAACGGGAAUCUGGUGAUGGGAAGAAAUUAACAGAAUCCAUAGACUCAGAUACUAAAAAAGGCCAGCAUGUUCCUGCUCGUAAAGCAUCGCAAACUGCUGUAAUUCCUCGGCGGUCCUCUGAAGAAAAAGGAGAAAAAAAUAGUAAAGAGUCACUUAAUGUAGUUGAAAAGUCCACAAAAUCAGGUGUUCACGAGAAACAAGAAAUUAAGAAAAAGAAAAAUGAGAAAGGACCAAUCAGUACAGCACAUUUACCAACCGUGCCAGCUUCCAAACCUUCUGCUGAUCAGAUAAGGCAUAGCGUUAAGCAAUCUCUUAAGGAAAUUCUGAUGAAAAGGUUGACAGACUCCAGUUUAAAGAUUCCUGAGGAGAGAGCAGCAAAAGUUGCCACAAGGAUUGAAAGAGAACUGUUUUCUUUUUUUCGAGACACUGACUCAAAAUAUAAGAACAAAUAUAGAAGUUUAAUGUUCAAUCUAAAAGAUCCUAAAAAUAAUAUAUUGUUCAAAAAAGUACUGAAAGGAGAGGUUACUCCAGACCAUCUAAUAAAAAUGAGCCCAGAAGAACUGGCCUCCAAAGAACUGGCUGCUUGGAGACAAAGAGAAAACAGACACACAAUUGAAAUGAUUGAGAAAGAACAGAGGGAAGUUGAAAGAAGACCUAUCACAAAAAUUACUCACAAAGGCGAAAUUGAAAUUGAAAGCGAGACACCAAUGAAAGAACAAGAAGUUAUGGAAAUUCAGGAACCUAAUACGAUGAAGUUGCAUGAGAAGUCAGAGGAAGCUGAGAAAGAUAAAGAAGGAAACGAAUCUGCAUCUCCAGACACCACAAGUCAACACAAAAAUCAUCUCUUUGAUCUUAACUGCAAAAUCUGCAUAGGUCGAAUGGCACCACCUACUGAUGAUGAUCUUUCUGCAAAAAAAGUGAAAGUGUCUGUUGGAGUUGCACGGAAGCAGUCAGACAAUGAAGCAGAGAGCAUUGCAGAUGCGCUUUCUUCUACAUCCUGUAUUUUAGCUUCAGAAUUACUGGAAGAUGAUAAGCAAGACUCAUCAAAAUCGUCAUUCCCGCCUCUUCCAAAAUCGGAAACACCUGGUACUGUAGAAUGUGAAAGUCUGUUUCUGGCACGCCUGAAUUUCAUCUGGAAGGGUUUCAUCAACAUGCCUUCCGUGGCAAAGUUCGUUAUCAAGGCUUAUCCAGUUUCUGGCUCCUUUGAGUAUUUAACAGAGGAUUUACCUGAUAGUAUUCAGGUAGGUGGCAGGAUAUCCCCUCACACUGUCUGGGAGUAUGUAGAAAAAAUCAAAGCCUCAGGGACCAAGGAAAUCUGCGUAGUUCGCUUUACCCCUGUAACUGAAGAGGAUCAGAUAUCCUAUGCUUUAUUAUUUGCUUAUUUCAGCAGUAGAAAACGUUAUGGUGUAGCUGCCAAUAACAUGAAGCAAGUCAAAGAUUUGUAUCUCAUCCCAUUAGGUUCCUCAGAUAAAGUCCCACAUCAUCUCGUGCCUUUUGAUGGGCCUGGGAUUGAAAUUCAUCGACCAAAUUUAUUACUGGGAUUGAUAAUCCGCCAGAAAAUGAAGAGACAGAUUUCUGCUGUUACAAGUGUUACUAGUAGUUUUGUGGAUGAAGUUUCUGAAAGUACCUUGAGUAGUGUGCCACCAGAAAAGAAAAGCAAGCCAAGCAAACCUGAAGUCUCUCAUAAUGAAUUGGCACUAGAAGAAGAAGAGGAAAAUGAUUUUUUUAAUUCUUUCACAACUGUGCUACACAAACAGAGAAAUAAACCUCAACCAUCUAAUACAGAAGAUGUUCCAGCAGUUAUUGAACCAUUGGUGGAAAGUAACAAGCAUGAACCACCAAAGCCUCUCAGAUUUCUUCCUGGUGUUCUAGUUGGGUGGGAGAAUCAGCCUUCUACUUUGGAGCUAGCAAAUAAACCACUGCCAGUGGAUGAUAUUCUUCAAAGCCUUUUGGGUACGACAGGGCAGGUAUGUGAACAAAGUAAGCCAGAAGCAAGUCCUGAUGAAGAUAUACCUUUAUUAAAUGAGCAAGCAACCUUAAAAGAAGAAAACAUGGAUGUUGAUGAAGUAACUGCUGAAGUUAGUGAAACAAAGGCUAGUUCAGAUGAUACACAAGAGUCUGCUAAUGCUACUGUUGGACCUGCAGAUGCAGCAAUUACAGGGUCCUCAAGUUCUACAAGAAAUGCUGGAACUUUGAUAGGACUUAAUCUUAAGGGAAAACCUCUUGAUGUCUCCACCGAAGCAUUUCUAGCAAAUGUAUCUGCUCAGUCACAGAAUAAAGAAACUGAAGAAAGUAAAGAAAAUGAUUCAAAGCGGCAGACACCUGACAAGGAUAAUGUCACACAGGAAAUUAGAAGGACCACAAAUUCCAACUUUUCUUCUUCAUCAAAUGCAGGGAAAAAUACUGAGAACAACACUAAUGUAAGUUCUACUGAAGGCACUACUAGUAAUACCUCUAAAUCACCACCAUUUAUUAAUCUUAAAAGAGACCCUCGACAGGCAGCUGGGCGAAAUCAGCAGACUAAUGCUUCAGAAAACAAGGAAGGGGAUGUUAGUAAAAAUGAAGACCAACAGGUUGCUUCAGGAAAUGAUCAAAUGGAACCAGAGAAUAAACAGUCUUCUGGUGAUACAGGCUUAAACCUGUAUCCAAAUGAUGCACAAACAAAUGAGAUGCAGUAUAGUUCAACCACAACAAAAGCGGAUAACGCAUGUGCAUCGCAAGCAGAAGAUACCAAACAGUCACAAGAAGAUGCAAUGCAAAACAUUGAGUCUCUGAACUCAUUUAGAAUAGGACCAGCAGCAACUUCAUCUCAUUUUGAAACAGAAAAUUCUUCUUGUUCUGAAUUUGUUUCCAAAGUUCCAAGCCCGGUAACAAGUGGCAGCUUCUCAUCUGUUAGACCUCCACAACCGAAUUUCCAGCAUCCUAAAUCUAAUCCACCUGGAUUUCAGUUUCAAGCUCCUGCACCUCCUAACUUCCCUCCACAAAACAGCCCUAUGUUUGGAUUCCCUCCUCAUUUGCCACCUCAACUUCUUCCUCCUCCAGGCUUUGGCUUUCCUCAGAAUCCAAAGAUGCCAUGGCCACCUGUAGGUCAUUUAUCCGGUCAGCCACCACCCUAUGCUGGACCCAUUGCACAAGGGCUACCAGUGGCUCACAAACAGUCAAGAUUUGUGGGGCCAGAAAAUUUUUUCCAGAGUAAAGACACUAGGAGACCAGAAAGGCGUCAUAGUGAUCCUUGGGGCAGACAGGAGCAGCAUUUGGAGAGAGGGUUCAGUAGAGGAAAAAACGACCAACAAAGACAAAGAUUUUAUAGUGACUCUCACCACCAAAAGAAAGACAGACAUGAAAAAGAGUGGAACAAUGAAAAAUACUGGGAACAAGAUUCUGAAAGAAAUAGACGCAGAGACAGAAACCAGGAAAAGGAGAGAGAGAGGAAGAGUAGAGAGGAGGGACAUAGAGACAAAGAAAGGUUGCGACUUCCUCACAGUGAUAGGGGUGCUGAUGGAAAAAGCCCCAGAGAGACUAGAAACCCAGAAAAAAAGACAGAGAAGCCCAAACCUGAAGAAGAAAAGGCUCAAGAAAAAGAUAAAGAGAGGGAGAAAAGUAAAGAGAAACAUAGAGAGCGAGAAAGUGAAAAGAGUAGAGACAGACACAGGGACCACAGUGACAGAUCUAAAAGCAAAAGGUAAAAAGAUGCAGGCAGUCUUUUUAAAAUCCUAUUUAAGUAAACCAUCAGAGUUAUGUAGUAAAACUUUCUAUUAAAAAAAAAAACAAAACAACCAACCAACAGCCUGCUAGGAUUGUGCCAUCUUUUUUAUUCAGUCUUGGUGUUUUGCAGAAACAAGUCUGUGUUUUGGUACUACUCGGUGUACCAAUACUCAUCCUUUUUUUCAUUAUACCAACUGUUGCUAGAAGUAGGAGUUUAAUAUUUUUUAAAAAUUUACAUUGCUGUAUAUUCAAAAUUUUAAAGAUUUCUUUUAUUAAUAUGCAAUAAAGGCUUAGAAAUUUUCUUAGCUGAUAAAGCUGGCUUUAGUCAUGUCUGCAAUAUAGUUGCCUUUGGUAAUUUGUGCUCUCUCCUGUUUUAAGAUGCUCGGAUAAUUUUAAAGAUUACUUUAAUACAAUAACCUUCUUUGUAAAUUGCACUGUUUUUAAGGACUCCAGCAAGACCUCAGAAUCCACACAUGCUACAACAAAACAUAACAUGCUUGAUGGUGUGAAGAGUUUUUUAAAUUAUUCAGUAGUACAAUAAAGUAAUUCAAGUGUAUUUCAUCGGUUUUUCAAGUAUUUCCUAAGCAUCUAAAGCAGUCUGUGACCAGAAAUUGGAAGGCUGAGCUGCUCGAAUGUUAUUGCUUUAAACUGCACUUGUUUAAAUAAGGAAGCAUUUUUAACCUAAGUUCUUGAAAAUAUGUUUUGUAGUAGUUGAUUCAUUUUUCCAACCAUUUUCCAUGCUUCAAAAACUUGAAUACCUGAGCUUGUACAUUACUUUGUGUUUUGCUAUCCUUUUUACUGUAAAAUGUAAAUAUUUUAAGGGAUAUUUUGAUUCUAAAAUGAUAAAACUUUCUCACAUAC